GAAGUAUUUCCUGUAAAAUGUAAACAACACUAUAGUUUAGAAAUGGCCGCCGCUGACAGCAUCCGCGUGGUUGAUGAUGAUUAUGUGAAGAGAAUCCAUAGUAGAAAUCCGUCAGGGCAUUUACAUAAGGGGCAUGGUAUUGUAGCAGCCACAGCAUCAAUUCCUAGCAAGUACCAGACUAUUGUAACUGACAAUGCUGACAAGCGAGGAUUUCUUUCCAAAGCCAAAAGAUUUAAAUAUGAUGCAUUUAUUACAGAUGCACCUGGCCCUGGUGGUUAUGUUGGACAUAAUAAAAUGGACAAUGAGUCUGUGUCAUAUUCAAAAAAAGGAACUGGAAGUUUUGCCUCAAAGUCCAAAAAAGGUCUAAAGUACCAGUUGACAAGUGCCCCAGGUCCCGGUAUCUAUGGUCUCCCAAGCAUGCUUCGGACUCAGCGAGAUUACAACCAGGCCACAUGUACCAGUGCCUUCCACAAACCAAUAGCUCAACCAUCCAACAAAACAGAGGCACGGCCAGCACCUAAUCAAUACGAUAUAUUGAAAGUUAAAUAUGGAAAGGCAAACAAUGUAACAGCUAAUGCGGGAUUCAAAUCACAGUCUAAAAGAGAAGUGAUAAAAGUUGAUGAUUUGGCAAGAAACCCUGCCCCAGGUCAUUACGAGGUUAAAGAUGAUCUUCUCCAUGACAGUGCUAAAAUUCCUCUCUCAAGUUUCAAGUCAAAGUCAAAGCGACAGAUGCAUCCAGACCCAGCUCCGGUGCCGGGUCCUGGGGCCUACAGACCUGGAGAGACUGUGGAUCCAGCAAAGAAACAGCUGUUCCCGAGAAAGCAUUAUCUGUGUAUAUCUGCACCUGCGAUGCCCUUGCCUUCUACCCCACCCCUGCCUGGCCCUGGAAGCUAUGAGGUGGUGGAUUAUGAAGGACCCCCUAAACACUAUAUGUCCAGUGCUGCCUUUGUGUCUACAUGUAGUAGAUGGACAGGAGCUGGUCAUGCCAUGGAACAGCCUGGUCCAGCCCACUAUCGACCUGUUGGAACUGGAAAACAGUCUUUUAUCUACAAUGCAGCAGGGAAAUGGAUAUAGAGUCUGCGGUGCCAUCACCGUGGAAACAGUGUGGGAGGAUGGAGGCUGACAGGUUGUAUGUGUCUGUGACUACAUGAGUGUAUAGUAGGGAGCCUGACUGCUUUAACUAAUGACUGGUUCUCUAUCGUAAUUGGAGGUAGGACUGGGUUACCAACCCUGGUAGUAGUACCAGAACUGGAGGAGGUGUGUUUUAAGUUACCAUUAGAAGCCAGCCUAAUUAAACUAUAAUGACAUGUGUCCACCACUGGGAGGCUGACUACAGUGUAAACAAGGAAACAGCAGAACCAGUGGGAGUAAUUAAAUGUGAGAUGAUGAUCAGUAGACCUUGAUAUCACCACUGGGUCAUUGGUUGGUUCAGCUGUGAUUUUCUGGAUAAUUUUACACUUUUUUUCUUUUGUUGUAAACAUCUAAAUGUAAUUUGUCAGUGUGUGAGACAAACUGUGAUUGAUAUUAGUGAUAUUGAUACAUAAGGGGAUAUAUUUGCAAGUGUAAAAAUUGUUUUUCAAAAGAAUAUUCAUAAUUAUUUUUCAUGUUAAUGAUUGUUAGAGCUUUUGUAGAUUUUUUGUGGUUUCAUAAGUUGUCUGUUUUCUUGCUUACAUAAAUUUUGAAAAAUCAGCUUAUAUAACUCUGACUCAGGUUUUGCCUUACAUAAUGUGAGUGUUAUCACUGUCCCCAAACAAAGCCUGCCUUUGAGGUAGGAUUAGGGUGCACAUCCACACCCCUGGCCCUGCUUGUGUAACCUACACACAAAGGCAUGAUCCAGUCCUGUUACAUAACCUCUGACCCAAGCAGUUCAGGUGUCAAUAAAUACCUACCAGGAAUGCAGAUUGAAUGGGAGUAGUGUGUAUGAUGUUGAGAGUGGAAAUACUGGUGUAAUUAAAGUUAAUUACUAUAACUCAUGGUCGAUUAUAAUUGUUUGUCAGAUGUUUCAUAACCAGGUUUGACAGGCGUUUCAUAACCUUCCUGAAAGCCUGUCACCUAUGUUGUUAUAAUGGAAUCUCCCAGUAGUGUGUAUGAUUGGGCAAUCAUGUUUGUAUAGGGAGAUCAGGUUAGUCCAUUCAGCAUUUUAUGUAACUUUUUUCACUUCUCUUUGUGAUUAUGUCAUAAAGAAUGUUAUGUAAAAUCAACGAUUGCAAUCAUAUAUAGUACCAGAAACAUAUACAACACAUUUCUAAUAGUACAAACAAUAUGUAUGAAAAUUAUUAGGGUUUUGUAUUUUAAAUAUAAUUUGCAUUUUAAAAAUUGAUUUAAAUGAGCAAAUUAUUUCUAUGAAGUAGAUGGAUAUAAUUGUUCUUAGCUCAUUAAAGAAUUUUUAUAAAUUUGACUACAAUAAAGUGGACUGUAGUUUUAUUUAUUUUACUAAGAAUAUAAGUGUACUUAAGUUUCCAUGUUAUGUUCCUGUGUUAUUACUUGGUAUCAGGAUAAUCAAUAUCUUGGUGUUACCACAAUUCUUAUAUUUAUUUGUUAGUUAUGUUCACUGACAGUGUUAACAAGUCCAGGGUUUUAACUGCACUUAUAUAUACUACCACAUGGUAUAAUGCCAAAUUUGAAUAAAUCAGGUGAAUUGUUUAGUUAUUAAAUCAUGAAUAUUUUAGAACUUGUCCUUUAUUGUGACUUUUGUAAAGUCUUUUGGAUGUGUCCACAGGUCAGAAUUUUUACAAGUGGGCGUUUUCUGUGCCUAUGUGUGUUAUAUAGAGGCCUUUAUCUCUGAUAUAUGUGUCGAGGUCUGUGUUGUGUAUUCUUAUUCAGGUUAUAAAAACCUUCCGUGUAACUGUGAUAUUUACUAUUAUUAAAUUGCUAAACAUGUCAAAGAUUGCAGAACUGUUAUCAAGAAAUAAAAUGAAAAUAAACUGUAA